UUUUUUUUCUACCAUGCCUUCUCCUCAUACUGCAGAUGAGACAAACAAUGUCCCUUUGUCUUGUUCUUCAAACUCGUCUUCUUCUUUGUCUGCAAGUAUAGAAAACAAUGCUUCACCUAAUCCAACACGCUCAUUAUCUGCUACUACCUUGACGAUCCGUUCUCCACCCAGUGGCGGUGGUAGUCAAACAAAACGCCACAGUGAACGAUCGAAUUCGACAUCACAAUACACCACUCGACAAACAAGUACCGAGAAACUACCACAGCGGCCUUCUUCUCCCAUCACUUCACCAUCUAUUCAUAAAUCAUUAACAGCUUUGGAUGCCAAAGCCAUCACGCGAGAUAUGGAAAAGUCAACUAUGCACUUGCGAGAAGACAUGAUGUCGCCUUCUUCUCCUACGACUGCACAGAGCGCUAACAAUGGUAACUUUUACUUUGGCUCCAAUAAUCCUUCCACAAACAACAGUACAUUUCAAUCCAUGGCAGCACCUUCAAAUACACCUUCGCAUUAUCCAUACCAUCGACAGAACAGUGUGAGUAGUGUCAUCACAUUGCCUCCUACUGUUCACCAAAAUAGUACGCAGGCAGAUGCAUGGCAAACACUCUGUGUACGCGUCCUGCCUCUGUUUAAUGGUGAAGGUGUUCAAGGAGCUAUUGAAGACUUGAAUGAUCUCCUAAGACGAUGUAUAUCAGAUCCCAUUUCACCACAAUUCUAUCGAGAUAUCGAAGCUCUAUUGAGAGAUGGCAUGUUUACACUCAAUGCUAAAAUGUUUGGUGUCACAGAUGAGAAGCUGUUGGAUAGAUUAGUCGAACAAUGGUCUUUCUUCUUUACUUAUGCCCUUCCUUAUUUUGAAGCUGUCUUUUUACCUUUGAGAACAGAUGUUCGAUACCGUUCACAGGAUGAAGCAGAAAUGUGGAAUGUUCGUAGUAUGGCAUUAAGAAGUUUUCGAGAUAACGUCAUCUUGUUACAGACAAAACGAUUAGAAGAUGUGUUCAAUAAGCUGUUUACUGAUUUUGGCAGCUCACAAAACCCAGCAGCCACUGCAGCCAAAAUGCUUCAAAUGACCUCUUUAUUGGCUUCUUCUCCAGAUCAUAAUGAAGAGAUAGAGCGUGUAUUAUCCAACUUGAAGGCAAAUUGGAAGAUCAUGAUGACAAAGGGGGAUCGAAGAGGGUUUGCAGGAGUAAGAAAAGUUCGACCAUUGAAUAUUUAAACCGUCGUUUUUUUUUUUU